GUUUGUUGCUGGAGAAAGGAGAGAAAGGAACGCGCGAGGAGCCGCCGCCACCGCCACCGCAGCCGUGCCAGAGUCGAGGAGACCCGGGCUGCCGCCCCGACACCCCUCCUUCCCACCGCCGGCCGCCCGCGUCCUCGGAUUUGUCCCAACAAUCUAUUAAAACAUGGUGGAUUACUAUGAAGUUUUAGGCCUGCAGAGACAUGCUUCACCUGAGGAUAUUAAAAAAGCGUACCGGAAGCUGGCACUGAAGUGGCACCCAGAUAAAAAUCCUGAGAAUAAAGAAGAAGCAGAGAGGAAAUUCAAGCAAGUUGCCGAGGCAUAUGAGGUGUUAUCAGAUGCUAAAAAGCGGGACAUCUAUGACAAAUAUGGCAAAGAAGGAUUAAAUGGUGGAGGAGGAGGUGGAAGUCAUUUUGACAAUCCUUUUGAGUUUGGCUUCACAUUCCGGAACCCAGAUGAUAUCUUCAGGGAAUUUUUUGGUGGAAGAGACCCAUUUGCAUUCGACUUCUUUGAAGACCCAUUUGAGGACUUUUUUGGGAAUCGAAGGGGUCCCCGAGGAAGCAGAAGUCGAGGCACGGGGUCAUUUUUUUCUGCCUUCAGUGGAUUUCCAUCUUUUGGAAGUGGGUUUUCUUCUUUUGACACAGGAUUUACUUCAUUCGGGUCACUAGGUCAUGGGGGCUUCACUUCAUUCUCUUCCACGUCGCUUGGUGGGAGUGGGAUGGGCAACAUUAGAUCUAUAUCAACUUCCACUAAAAUAGUUAAUGGCAGAAAGAUCACUACAAAGAGAAUUGUCGAGAAUGGUCAAGAAAGAGUAGAAGUUGAAGAAGAUGGCCAGUUAAAGUCCUUAACGAUAAAUGGUGUGGCAGAUGAAGACGCUCUUGCAGAAGAGUGCCUGCGAAGAGGCCAGCAUGCCCUGCCGGCCCAGCCAGCCAGUGCCCGCUCGCUGAAGUCGCCCCGGCCCACCUCUCUGCUCAGACACACACCUCACUACAUCCAUGAGGACGACAACGAGCAGGAUGGAUCGGGGGUCCCCAGCAGCUGGGAUCCCUUCAUGUCUUCAGCAGGAUUCAAAGAAGGCGGCAAGAGGAAGAAGCAGAAGCAGAGAGAGGAGUCGAAGAAGAAGAAGUCGACCAGGGGGCACCGCUAGCUGGGUGCCAGGUGCACUCUGCCCAGCAGGUGCUGGCGCUCGCCGUGCUCAGCACGGGGCUCCGGCUAGCGGCCUCACUCGCUUAGCAGCACGUGCACGCGUGAUCACGGACCGGGCAGAUUGGGGAUGCGGAAGCCGGGGGUUCACGAUCUUGGUGGUGGUGGUAGACACUUGGGACGCGGCCGCGACGUUCUUACCCUGCUUUUCCCCAGCACUAAACCGUUAGCAUUUUCCCCUUAAAGUUGUUAUGGAUCUCUCAUCCUUUUCACCUGCUCGGCCACUCUACAAACGACUGGCGCGCUUACAGCUGCAGCAGAACCGUAAGGCACAGGCGGGUGUCUGGGUACAAGUUCAUGGCAUGACCCCCUUUCCCGAUGGCGCACACUGUUGGAGAUUAGGGUGGAAUCAGUGUAGUGCAACCUGAAGGCCCUCCAGUCGCAGCCGGCACCGCGCUGUCAGGUGCUCUUCCUUCAGAGCAGUCUUCAGCAUACACGGGAGGCUGCCACGAACCACAUAGAUGUAAAGUCACUUCUUACAUUUACUGUUUUAGUGUCAGUCCUCUCCAGGUGGUCCAAAUUUGACUUCAAAAAAAUUUUUUUUAAUUCAAACUUCAGUUUUUGCUAAAUCUCAUCUCUUUUUCUUAGAUCCAUAAUUCUUUCUGGCAAAAAGUUUUCUUUUGCUCAGCAGUACCACCUCUAGCUGUUAUAGGUUAGGGUCGUGCUGGGGAAAAAUAGGCUAUUUAUAGACACACAAAACAAUCAGAUACUGAGCAAGCAUGCUGAACUAAAUAUUUCAGUUUGCAAACAUAGGCUCAUUAAAAAAAUCAUUUUAUUCUGGCUAGAGUCGGCCCCGCUUCCUGUAACUGCUUUAUCUGCAUGGUGUGCUGCUUCCUGGCCUCAUACUUGUCCAGCACUGAGUAGAAUCCUGGCUCUGCCUUAACUUCCCUCGCAUGCUCCCUCUCAGAGACUGUCGUCUUCCUUUUAACACCAGCACCUGCUGUUCACACUGCUGUUUCUCUGUCCUCUUGGAAGUGAGCUUUGCAGUGAUUUAAAAAUGCCAGCAGUUUUAAUCUAGCAGUGUUGAAACUGGGAAUUUUUUUUUAGCACAAUCCAUGUAGCAGUGCCACGGGCUGGGAAGCCAGGAGCAAGUGUGAUGUGCAACUUUAAAGUGACCACUAUAGACGAGUUUGCUUUGUUCACUUGGCUUUGAUGGGGAUGUGGUGUAGAUGGUUGGGAGGAGGGUAGACUGGUGUGGAAUGCUUAGUGUGGAAAAUGUAACCCCUAAAUGAAUAAUGAAUUUUAAGUGCUACCUACAUUAAUAAAACGUGUUAUUGAGUAUGGCUCUCUUGCCAUCUUUUGUAAGUUUCAGUGAGUUGCGCUGUUAUUAUUAAUUAAAAAUAAAAGCAAUUUUCAAUUAUGAAAAA